UGGAGGCUUGUCUGUCGGCAAGGCCGGGCCCGAGUCGGCGGCUGGGGGCCCGCGGUCGCUGAGCGGCCCGGGCUGGCGGCGGUUUCCGGUUCAGCGCGGCUGGCGGGCGGGCGGCCCGGAGCGGCGGCGGCGGCGGCCCCCGACAGACAAUGAGAGCGGCGGGGCGUUGCUGAGCGGCGGCGGCGAGAGCGACGCGGGCCUGGGGGCGGGGCGGGCGUCAGUCAUGGACAAUCAGUGCACUGUCCAGGUGAAGUUAGAGCUGGGACACCGCGCCCAGCUGCGGAAGAAGCCCACCACUGAGGGCUUCACCCAUGACUGGAUGGUCUUCGUGCGUGGCCCUGAACAGUGUGACAUCCAGCACUUUGUGGAGAAGGUCAUCUUCCGGCUGCAUGACAGCUUCCCCAAACCCAAGCGUGUGUGCAAGGAGCCCCCCUACAAAGUGGAGGAGUCGGGCUACGCAGGCUUCAUCAUGCUCAUCGAAGUAUACUUCAAAAAUAAGGAGGAGCCGAGGAAGGUCUGCUUCACCUAUGACCUGUUUCUCAACCUGGAGGGUAACCCUCCUGUCAACCACCUGCGCUGUGAGAAGCUCACCUUCAAUAACCCCACCACUGAGUUUCGCUGCAAGCUGCUCAUGGCUGGAGGGGUGAUGGUAAUGCCCGAAGGAGCGGACACGGUGUCCAGGCCCAGCCCUGACUACCCCAUGUUACCCACAAUUCCACUCUCUGCCUUCUCUGACCCCAAGAAGAACAAACCAUCCCACGGCUCCAAGGAUGCCAACAAGGAGAGUGGCAAGGCUUCCAAACCACACAAGGUGCCCAGGGAGCACCGUGAGCGGCCGCGCAAGGACUCGGAGAGCAGGAGCUGCUCCAAGGAGCCAGAGCGUGAGCCCAAGAGUGCUAAGGAUGCCUCUCGCAAGCUGCCCAAGGAAGAGAAGGCCCCAGUGCCCAAGGCUGCCUUCAAGGAGCCCAAGAUGGCCCUAAAGGAAACCAAGCUGGAGAGCCUGUCCCCCAAGGGGGUGCCCCAGCCUCCCACCCUGCCCAAGGCCUCCAGCAAAAGGCCAGCCGCCACGGACUCACCGAAGCCCAGCGCCAAAAAGCCUAAGAAGAGUGGGUCAAAGGGGGCACGGCGUGCACCAGGCACCUCACCCCGAGCCUCCUCCUCCUUCCCUGACAAGAAGGUGGCCAGGGACAAGAGCAGCAAAGGUGACAAGGGGAAGGCAGAGAGUGAGCCUCGGGAGGCCAAGCGGACUCUGCAGGCCGAGGACUCAAACUCAGAGGAUGAGGCCUCCUUCCGGUCGGAGUCGGCCCAGUCAAGCCCAGCUAAUGCUAGUUCCAGCUCUGACUCCAGCUCUGACUCAGACUUUGAGCCAUCUCAGAACCACAGCCAAGGACCCCUGCGCUCCAUGGUGGAGGACCUGCAGUCUGAGGGGUCAGACGAAGAUGACUCAUCAUCAGGAGAGGAGAACACCAUCAAGGCCAACCCAGGCCGGGAGUCCAGGCUAAGCUUCAGUGACAGCGAGAGUGACAACAGUGCUGACUCCUGCCUGCCUGGCCGCGAGCCCCUUCCUCCCCAGAAGCCACUCCCUCCCAGCAACAAGGUGUCAGGGCGGAGGAGCCCCGAGCCCUGCAGCAAGCCCGAAAAGAUCCUGAAGAAGGCUACGUAUGACAAGGCUUACACGGACGAGCUGGUGGAGCUACACCGGAGGCUGAUGGCUCUGCGGGAGCGCAAUGUGCUGCAGCAGAUCGUCAAUCUGAUCGAGGAGACCGGCCACUUCAAUGUCACCAACACCACCUUCGACUUUGACCUUUUUUCCUUGGAUGAAAGCACUGUUCGCAAGCUGCAGAGCUGCCUGGAGGCCGUGGCCACAUGACCCCGGCUGCCACUGUGGAGCCACGGUGGGCAUGGUGGGCACGGGAGGGGCUGGGCAUGGGGCUGGCCCGCCAUGGAUUCCACUCCCAGUACCACCCCCAACUAACCAUGGUGCCCCAGUGCCCCUCAGUGGUUGGUGAUGAAGGGGUGCUGCAGGCCACACUUCCACAGGACACAUGUGGCCUACAGCCCCUCACUUAGUCUCUGCCAGUUGUCCAAUGUGGGCGGGACCGAAUGGCAGGUCACUCACUGCCUGGGCCUCUCUGGGUGGCCAGGAUGACCACAGUCUUCCACACAGUUCACAGGCCUCCCUCAGCUGGCCUGCCUCCUAGACUCGAGGGUCUGUUAGCCUGGCCAGAGCCAGCUAUACACACCUGCUUCUGCCAUGUAGCCUUGUAUAUUGUGUGUGCUCUAGGUGCAUCCAGCAGCCAGGGAGGCUCAUACCACCCCUCUGCUGGAGGCACGGAGGAUCUCCCUCUAGAUCCCAGGAUGCCACUGCCUCUCUAGGCCCCAGGCCAGUGAACACUACAAAAAAAAAGGCACCAAUCUUGGGACCCCAAGGGCCAUCACUGCAGCUAUGUGCCAGCCAAGCACCACAGUUCCAAGGCUAGCUGGACUGGCGCUCUCCUAGGCCACCAUUCCCCAUGGGCUCCUCUGCUCUCUCACUGAUCAAGUCUUUGAACUUUGAAAACAUGAGCUUUUGCCAAAUAUGAUAGGAUGGUGUGUGUGAGGCGGGCCCAACCCCAGACUGCCUCUGUUCCUGGCCACUUGGCUCUGCCUCUACAGUGCGCCUGGAGAGGCUUUGGACCUGUGCCCUGCAAACUGCCAGGGGUCGAGCCAGCCCCCUUCCCAUGUCUGAGCCUGGAGUACCACCCCUUCCCCAACUCCAGUUGUCUGUGUUUGUGCCCCAACCCAGGUGUUUGAAAGAGGCCUGAGCCUAAGCUGGCUUGCAGUGGCCUCGUUGGUGUUGCUUCCUCCCCAGUGUGGCUUCACCCCGGAGGCCUGGCCUCCCAGCUCCCUCUCUCUGUCUCUGUCCCACUCCCAAACCAUCUGUCAGGAAGAUCCUGAACACUCCCGGGGGACCCAGCCUCUAAGGCUUCCUUUACCCCCAGGGAAAGGAGAAGUCCUCUGCCUGUAGCCCCUGUUCCCACUCCCUUUAGCUGGGAGGAAGCAGGGCUCGCGCCCCACACCUCUUUCCACACAGGCCAACAAUACUCUCCAUCAGGUGUUCUGCAGCCUCUAAGCCUUUCACAGAAGGCCCUGGCAUUGUGGCAGCUGUUGGCCUCCACAUGGAGUGCGCCAGGGUCCCAAACAGCCUCAGCCCAGGGCACUGCUCUUCCUCUCGCGGCCACCAGCGGCCCAGCCCUUCUGCUGCCCUGGGCCUGUGUCUAGUCCUUCCAGAUGCUUCCAGGACCCUCCUGAAAGCACCCGCCCAUCUCUUCAGUUACCUCCUCUGGCCGGAAGGUCACCACUGUCCUCCAGAGCCACUCUGGGGCCCAUCCUGGCUGUCUGGAAGCCUAACGCAGCAGCCUGCAGCCAGAGUCCUGAGGUUUCUAGGGACUUGUCCAUAGGAAGGGGUGGCACUGUGUGUGUUCCCCCCAGGGAGUCCCUGUGCUGCAGCCUCCUGAACCAGUUCAUGACACUGAGUGCAAAAGGUAUUGGAUACCUAUCCCUCCCCAGGGCUUCACAAGACGUGUCUCCAUGAAUAGACACGUCACUGGCCCAGAUGAGCCCUGGACAGAGGGACCAGGAGAGCUGUAUUUGUAACGAGCUGCAGGGCCAUUUGUCCCGCAUUUUAAACUUUUUUUGUUAAGUUGUGAAAUGAUGGAGGAGUUUUAUAGAAAAUAAAGUGAGAUGGGAGCAGUGGG